AACAGAGAAUAAAAUCACAAAAGCAGAAAAAAGUGGUAACGUACGUUUUAGUUCUUAACUUUGAAAAUUUGUCUUAGCAGAUUUUUGUCGAUUCAGUGAACUUAGGCGGAUUCAAAACUUCUGAAUGGGCUUAUAUUUUAAAAUGGGCCUAAAAGUAUCAAUUUAAAAGCCCAAUUAUUUCAUAAGCAUCUUCUCUACCUCGCGCGCUCUUCGUUAUGCUUUUGCCGGCGUCGGAUCUCGCCGAUGUCUCCUCCGUAGAAAUUAUUUUAAAUGUUGUGGAGCUUUAGGGUUUUCUGGUAAGAGACUCUGCGAGAUGAAUCCGGCGAAUUUUCAGCCUCCAAAUCCUCCGUUCCACUGGGCUCCGAUGUUACCUCCGGACCCGCCUCGUUGUGGUAUGUUUUGGACUCCAAAGAACAUAACUGAUCAGCUCAAACAACUCCAAGAUACGCUUAACCUGGCUAAAUCAGUGGAGAAGGAACUGGAAGCAUUGAAGAUGAUCAAAUAUGCUAAAGGUUCAGCGGAAAUUGUAGAACAAGGUUCAGGAGUAGAGUGUUUGAGAUAUCUAGAAGCUAUGAAGAUGGAUUUGGGACAGCAGGAGAUGCUUUCAGUGGAAGCUGCUAACUCCUUGAUGUCUACCUUGAGAUCACAGCUUGAGCCUUUUAGGUUUGUUGUUGAUGAGAAUAGUCCAUGGGAAGAGAAAUCUGCAGCAAUAAGAUUGACUUGCAAAAUGAAGAAAUCGAAAAGGAACAAACUGUGGAAGAAGCGAAAGAGACGGUGUGUUGCUGAGAUGCGUGCUAAGGAGCCUGAAAGAUUUGAACAAGCUGAUCGAGAGGCCGAUGAAUGGAGGGAAAAAGAAAUGGCCAAGGACAUGGCAAAUAGAAAGGUCGACGAGAUGAAGGCUAUUGAGAAGAUCAAGGCGAAACGAGAGCGAAGGAGACUAGAACCCGAGCUUGAACUAGCCCUAAUUGUUGAGGAAAUGCAAGAGUUACGUUCCAUAAGAAUUGAAAAACUAAAGAAGCAAGGGCAUUUCCUUCCUGAAGAAGAUGACAAGUUUUUCGAAAGUGUUCGAGCUGCGGUGGAGCAAGAGGAAACCCAAGCUCAGUCCCUAAUCAACACAGAGACCGAAGAGAAUGUCAUUGCCUCUGAGGAGGACACUACUCUCACUGCCAGUAACAAAACCAACAAAGACACAGAUAAAGAUAGCAAUAAUAUUGCAGCUUCUUGUGAAAAGACAAUGAAAGCUCCUAAAAAUGGUUGCGACAAUAUAUCGAAUUUACCAGUCGAGUUCUAUCACUACUACUACGGAAGCAAUUUCGACAUGGGUAAACUUAUUGAGAUCAGAAGAGAAUGGGAUGCAUAUCUGAGUCCCGGAGGAAGCCGGAUUCCUGGUCACUGGGUCCAGCCGUCGCCACCAGCUAAUGAGAUUUGGGCUUCUUGUCUUCUUAAUACUUCCAAGAGAGAUCUUAGUUAGUAGCUGUUGGGAAUUUAGGAUACAGGUUUCAGCCAGCACCACUCAAGAUCAUGUGAUUUGGUCAUUUGUCUCUGUUUUGAAACAGAAACAGUUCACAAAGUGAUUAAUAAUUAUAAACAGAACACUACUUGAGCAAUAUCUUAGUAGUCCUCACUUGCAAUGUCAUUCUUACAGGGAUUAACCUAAUCAUGUUUCCCCAUAUGGCCAUAUGUUGAAGUUCACAUUUUAAAUACGUCAUUUGUCACCAGAAUUUCCACCAAUAUAAUUUCAAUGUGUUUUUGAAUCAUGUUAAUUUUCGAUUUAGACCAUCUGGUAAGUAAUCCAUUGUAGAACAUCAAAAACGUCUGAUAACGUUUUUUU